CGAAAGUAUAAAAUGUAUGUUUUGCGUAAAAAUACAUCAUUUAUAUUAAAACUUUUAUAUAAUGAAGUUUAUAAUUGCGAUCUGUCUACAUGCUGUCAUUUAUAAGAAUGUCUGUAGCAUGCCCGUGCUACAGAACGGAAACAGCAUGAACCAAUAUCUGUCAAGUAAGCCUGGUAUAACGAAUGCAUUUGCAAACGUGCCAAGCACGUUUGGCAAUAUGAACUGUGUACCCAAUACUAUUGCAAAUGAACCAACAUUUAAUAUGAAUUAUAUUCCGAACAAUUUUGCCACAGGUAACGCAAUUUUAGCCAACGAAGCAAUAACGAACGCAAACAUGCUUGCCAAUGCUAACUCCGCUUUAGCAAAUGAAAUGAUUGGCAACGCAGUAAUAUCGAGCGCAAACUUUAUUCCCUUGGCAAAUUUGCCAAGUGGAUUUGCUAACAAUUUUCCAAUGAGUCCUAUAAUAUCCGAAAUUGUGCCAUCUCUGCAAUAUGGCGACAUAACAAUGGGUGGUGAUUUACCAAUUGGCGGUACGAUUAAAGUUUGCGGUUGCUUCCCUGUUUACGGUAUGGUCACAGUUGAUGGCAGCGUGCCAUCAGCUGGCACGGCGGUUGUGGCUGAAUCGUUUAGCAAACCAGGAAUGCCAUGUCCUGGUUUGGCAAUCUUGUAAUAUAUAAUUUAAUAUUUAUAUAUAUUGUAAAUACUAUUAUUAUCAACAAUUGUGAUUUUUAUUUAAAAAUAUAAUAAAUUUUAUGAAAGC